GUGAUGGGCUGAUGGGUUUUGUGAAUCCUAUAACAAAAUAAUAUAUUAUAAUUAUAGACGUAUGAUUUGUGCCACAUAAAUUAUUGAUUAAUAUUAACAUAGGAUUACUGUGUCAAUAUGGAUAAACUAACAGUGAUAUCUGGGACACUGUUCAUGGCAGCUGAUGUGUUUGCAAUAGUUAGCCUUGCCAUGCCCGACUGGAUAAUUACCGAUGUUGGAGGGGAUACUCGACUAGGGCUCAUGUGGUCCUGUAUUACACUAUAUAACAGACCACAGGUGUGCUUCACUCCAGACCUACAACCUGAAUGGCUACUGGCCCUUAUUUGCAUCUUUAUUGGAUGUAUAUGCAUCACAACAACAGUGAUACUCUUGGCAUCAAGUCACUUUGAUCGUAAUGUUAUCCCUUAUGCAAGAUGGGUGGGCUUUGCUGCAAUGGUAGUUUUCUGCUUGGCUGCAGUCAUUUUCCCGAUGGGAUUCCAUGUUGAUGAGAUUGGAGGCCAGCCAUAUCAACUGCCAAACAGCCAUCAAGUGGGAAUAUCUUACAUAUUAUUUGUUCUCUCACUGUGGAUAACAGUAAUAUCCGAGCUCUUUGCUGGCAAAGUGUGUCUGCCCCACUUUUAAGCAGAUUUCAGGGUUGUUAAUGAUAAUUACAUUCCAAUAAGUAUUAUUUAGAGGGCCUAUUUUUGGCUCUUUUAUGUGGCAUUAACACUACUAUGUUUCUAAUGUGUCUGUCACACUUGCCACUUAGAAACCUUUUAGGUGCCAGUCAGCCAACAUUGCUUGCAUGUUAUCACAGCAUUAUGGUAGGAUGUAGAUAGACUCUAUAGACUACUUCUCAAUGACUGCCCUGCCCAUAAGAGUAAAGGCUAAAAGAAAUAAAUACUUACCAAUGGUACAUAGCUGCUGCUGUUCUGAUGCACACUGUACACACAGAUGAACUCGCAGCAUGAGGCAGGAACAGCCAAUUCCAAAUAACUUUUGUUCAUAAAAACAACCAUUUAGCUACUUGAUUUUCAAAUUCAACAAAAUGAACAUAAUAAAUAUA